AUGGGCCUCUUGGUAUUUGUACGCAAUCUGCUGCUAGCCCUCUGCCUCUUUCUGGUGCUGGGAUUUCUGUAUUACUCUGCGUGGAAGCUACACUUACUCCAGUGGGAGGACUCCAAUUCAGUGGUUCUUUCCUUUGACUCCGCUGGACAGACACUAGGCUCAGAGUAUGACCGGUUGGGUUUCCUCCUGAAGCUGGACUCUAAAUUGUUCUCCAAGCCAGCACCCAUGUUCCUGGAUGAUUCCUUCCGCAAAUGGGCCAGAAUCCGGGAGUUUGUGCCACCUUUUGGAAUCAAAGGUCAAGACAAUCUGAUCAAAGCCAUCUUGUCAGUCACCAAAGAGUACCGCCUGACCCCUGCCUUGGAUAGCCUCAGCUGUCGUCGCUGCAUCAUCGUGGGCAAUGGAGGUGUCCUUGCCAACAAGUCUCUGGGAUCACGAAUUGACGACUAUGACAUCGUGGUCAGACUGAACUCAGCACCAGUGAAAGGCUUUGAGAAGGACGUGGGCAGCAAGACAACACUGCGCAUCACCUACCCCGAGGGCGCCAUGCAACGACCCGAGCAGUAUGAGCGCGAUUCCCUCUUCGUCCUUGCUGGCUUCAAGUGGCAGGACUUCAAGUGGUUGAAGUACAUUGUCUACAAGGAGAGAGUGAGUGCGUCAGACGGCUUCUGGAAAUCGGUAGCCACGCGAGUACCCAAGGAGCCUCCGGAGAUUAGAAUCCUCAACCCCUAUUUUAUCCAGGAGGCAGCCUUCACCCUCAUCGGACUGCCCUUCAACAAUGGCCUCAUGGGCCGAGGGAACAUCCCGACGCUUGGCAGUGUGGCAGUGACCAUGGCACUACAUGGGUGUGAUGAAGUGGCUGUCGCAGGCUUUGGAUACGACAUGAGCACGCCUAAUGCACCCCUGCACUACUAUGAGACCGUGCGCAUGGCAGCCAUCAAAGAGUCCUGGACACACAACAUUCAGCGAGAGAAAGAGUUUCUUCGGAAGCUGGUGAAAGCACGUGUCAUCACUGACUUAACCAGUGGCAUCUGA